AUGGAAACUGCUACUACUAGUAACGCUGAGACAAAACCGCAUGGGGGUAUCUUGGUUCAAAACGCCCCGGCCUGCCCGGAACAACACGGAGUGCAGGCAUACGCCCAUCCGGAGUCUUGUAACCUCUUCUUCCUCUGCACCAAUGGCACCCUAACCGUGGAAACCUGCGAAAAUGGACUCCUGUUCGACGGUAAAGGUGCCGUGCACAACCACUGCAACUAUAACUGGGCUGUGGACUGCGGACACAGAAAGGCUGACUUGACUCCAAUCAGCAGUCCGGGAUGCGAAUACCAGUUCGGACUUUACCCAGAUGGAACUGAAUGUUCUACCCAUUAUAUAAAGUGUGCUUAUGGAGAACCAAUUCCCCAACAUNUUACUUUUACAAAUUUUCAUCCUUUCUUCCUAAUAACGUGA